AUGUCUGUUCUCAUCUUGAGCUACAUACUGAAUGGAGCCUAUGGAGACGAGCUUCCGAGAGAUUGCUCUGGUAUAUACAAUGCAGGUGAAAGGACGAGUGGAGUACACACUAUUUGCUUGGGUUCUGGCACAGGAGAUGAAGAACGUGUUGAUGUUUAUUGCAACUUUGAUGUAGGUGAUGGGUGGACGGUUAUUCAACGUCGGCAUGACGGAAGUGUUGAUUUCUAUAGAGAUUGGGCUUCCUACAAGAAUGGCUUUGGUGAUAUAGAGAAUGAGUUCUGGCUGGGUAAUGAUAUCAUUCAUCGCAUCACUUACCAGGCAACAUACAGACUUCGAAUAGAGAUGGUGGAUUUGCAAGGGAAUCAAUCGAGUGCUGUGUAUGAUAAUUUUCGUGUUGCCAACGAGGGUGAUCAGUAUCGCCUCGGAGGUCUCACUUUUGUUGGAGGAUCUGAAGAAAUUAGAUCCAUUAGGGAGCUUUCGCAACAACUAAGCAGACGCUACCUGAACGUUGAGAAUGUAUUGUCAAGCCCUCAUGACAAAGCAGCUUUUGUCCAGAAUCGGAGUCUCAAAACAGCAGUGUCGUCCUAG